CCAAUAUUAUUAGUUUGUGCCUUUGGGUGGAAGUGUGUGUGUUCAAAAUGGAAAUACUAUUUAAUAUAUUUGUGCUAUUUUUUGUUUUCGUGACUGUGAGUGGAGAUUGCGGGGUAAUCACCAAAGACGAAUGGGAUGGUUUAACCCCAAUCCAUGUGGAGUACCUCGCAAGACCAGUAGAGCUGGUCAUCAUUCAGCACACUGUGACGUCAACGUGUAAUACUGACGCCGCCUGCGCCCAGAUCGUGAGGAAUAUACAAAGCUAUCACAUGGAUAACUUGAACUAUUGGGAUAUUGGGUCUUCGUUCAUUAUUGGUGGUAACGGGAAAGUUUAUGAAGGAGCUGGAUGGCUACACGUCGGCGCUCACACGUACGGAUAUAAUAGAAAAUCAAUCGGAAUCACUUUCAUUGGAAACUACAACAAUGACAAGCCAACUCAGAAGUCCUUGGAUGCCCUGAGAGCAUUGCUUAGAUGUGGUGUGGAGCGAGGUCAUCUCACCGCCAACUACCACAUCGUUGGGCACCGACAGCUCAUCAGCACCGAGAGUCCUGGCAGAAAACUGUACAACGAGAUUAGAAGAUGGGACCAUUUCCUCGAUAACGUAGAAUCUAUUAAAAACUAAAGUUGUUUUCUGCUUUAUUUACGAGAUUAGAUUUAAUUUUUGGCAUUUACUUAACUAUUAAAGACGUUAAUGGUGAAAUAGAAAAAACAUAGUUUUAUAAUCACAAACGUUUCAAUUAUUUGCCUCUACAUCUUAAUACGAAGAAAACUAUUCAAAAGGUAGUAAAUAGUGCCACGUCAAAGAUGCAAAAUGCUAACACACAAAUAAAACACUUCAAUUCUUUUGAAAGUUCAUAGAACAAUGAAAAGUGUAAAACAUUUUGCAGGAAAUAACUGCAACUAGUUGAUUAGAAAAUCAUGAAGCUGGACCGAGUCUUCAGUGGAAAUAAAGCUUUUAUGUUACAGGAUAGGAAAUUAAAAUACAAUUUUCUUUAUUUAACAUGGAAAAAUAUACAUUUUCAUAUGGC